AUUGGCUGCGGCGAGGCCUCGCGGGCCGGUGGCAAUGGAGGCGGCGGCGGUUGAUGGUUGACCGUUGGCUCCGGGGUAGGGGUCGCCGCUCGGGCGAUCGGCUCAGAGCCGACCGGAGCGCGCGGGCUGCUGACGCUCGGCCUGGAGCCCUCGGGCCAGACCUAGCUGGGUUCCGCCAUGCCGGCCGGCAGUAACGAGCCGGACGGCGUCCUCAGCUAUCAGAGACCAGAUGAAGAGGCUGUGGUGGAUCAGGGUGGGACCAGUACAAUUCUCAACAUUCACUAUGAGAAAGAGGAGUUGGAAGGUCAUAGAACUCUGUAUGUGGGGGUUCGGAUGCCGCUGGGCCGGCAGAGCCAUCGCCAUCACCGAACGCAUGGCCAGAAGCACCGGAGGCGAGGGCGGGGCAAAGGAGCCAGCCAGGGGGAGGAAGGCCCAGAGGCCCUGGCCCAUGAUACACCAUCUCAGCGUGUUCAGUUCAUUCUUGGCACUGAGGAAGAUGAAGAGCAUGUGCCUCAUGAGCUGUUCACAGAGCUGGAUGAGAUCUGUAUGAAAGAGGGAGAAGAUGCUGAGUGGAAGGAGACAGCUAGGUGGCUGAAGUUUGAAGAGGAUGUUGAGGAUGGGGGUGAACGCUGGAGCAAGCCUUAUGUGGCAACCCUUUCACUGCACAGUCUCUUUGAGCUAAGGAGCUGCCUUAUUAAUGGAACAGUCCUUCUGGAUAUGCGUGCAAAUAGCAUAGAAGAAAUUUCAGACCUGAUCCUGGACCAGCAAGAACUGUUCAGUGACCUGAAUGACAGCAUGAGGGUUAAAGUACGAGAAGCCCUGCUCAAAAAGCAUCACCAUCAGAAUGAAAAAAAGAGAAAUAACCUCAUUCCCAUUGUUCGCUCUUUUGCUGAGGUUGGCAAGAAGCAGUCUGAUCCACAUUCGAUGGAUAAAAAUGGUCAAACUGUGUCUCCUCAGUCUGUUCCCACUACAAGUCUUGAAGUAAAAAAUGGAGUGAAUUGUGAACACAGUCCUGUGGAUUUAAGCAAGGUGGAUCUUCAUUUCAUGAAAAAAAUUCCCACUGGGGCAGAGGCCUCAAAUGUCCUGGUUGGAGAGGUGGAUACUCUGGACCGCCCCAUUGUCGCCUUUGUGAGGCUAUCUCCAGCUGUCCUUCUCUCGGGCCUGACCGAAGUGCCCAUCCCAACCAGAUUUUUGUUUAUCCUAUUGGGUCCAGUAGGGAAAGGUCAGCAGUACCAUGAGAUUGGCAGAUCCAUGGCUACCAUCAUGACUGAUGAGAUUUUUCAUGAUGUGGCAUAUAAGGCGAAAGAGCGAGAUGAUCUCCUGGCGGGGAUUGAUGAGUUCCUGGAUCAGGUCACGGUUUUGCCUCCAGGGGAGUGGGACCCCUCCAUUAGAAUUGAACCACCCAAAAACGUCCCUUCCCAGGAGAAAAGGAAAAUGCCCGGAGUUCCAAAUGGAAAUGUUUGCCACAUAGAACCAGAACCACAUGGGGGCCACAGCGGGCCAGAACUUCAGCGCACCGGGCGGCUCUUUGGGGGCUUGAUAUUGGACAUCAAGAGGAAGGCCCCCUGGUACUGGAGCGACUACCGGGACGCACUCAGCUUACAGUGUUUGGCCUCCUUUCUGUUCCUGUACUGUGCCUGCAUGUCACCUGUCAUCACCUUUGGGGGAUUGCUCGGAGAAGCCACUGAGGGGCGCAUAAGUGCAAUUGAAUCCUUGUUUGGAGCCUCCAUGACUGGGAUUGCCUAUUCCUUGUUUGCGGGACAGGCUCUCACCAUCCUGGGAAGUACGGGGCCAGUGCUUGUAUUUGAAAAGAUUUUGUUCAAAUUCUGCAAAGACUACGCUCUUUCAUACCUCUCUCUGCGAGCUUGUAUUGGACUGUGGACCGCCUUCCUGUGUAUUGUCCUUGUGGCAACUGAUGCCAGUUCCCUUGUCUGUUACAUUACCCGCUUCACAGAAGAAGCGUUUGCCUCCCUGAUUUGCAUUAUUUUCAUCUAUGAAGCCAUAGAAAAGCUGAUUCACCUGGCAGAGACCUACCCCAUCCACAUGCACAGCCAGCUGGACCACCUUAGCCUAUAUUACUGCAGGUGUACUCUCCCAGAAAACCCCAACAAUCAUACCCUACAGUACUGGAAGGACCACAAUAUCGUCACGACAGAAGUCCACUGGGCCAACCUGACCGUUAGUGAAUGCCAGGAGAUGCAUGGAGAGUUCACGGGAUCCGCGUGUGGCCAUCAUGGGCCCUAUACUCCUGACGUGCUCUUUUGGUCCUGCAUUCUCUUCUUCACCACCUUCAUCCUCUCGAGCACCUUAAAGACAUUUAAGACAAGCCGCUACUUCCCAACCAGAGUACGCUCCAUGGUGAGUGACUUUGCUGUCUUCCUCACUAUCUUCACAAUGGUGAUCAUUGACUUUUUGAUUGGAGUCCCAUCACCAAAACUUCAAGUUCCCAGUGUGUUCAAGCCAACAAGGGAUGAUCGAGGGUGGAUUAUUAGUCCCAUUGGCCCCAAUCCCUGGUGGACUGUGAUAGCUGCAAUUAUCCCAGCUCUUCUCUGCACUAUCUUAAUAUUCAUGGACCAGCAGAUCACAGCUGUCAUCAUUAACAGGAAGGAACACAAGCUCAAGAAAGGUUGUGGUUACCACCUGGACCUGCUGAUGGUGGCCAUCAUGCUGGGUGUCUGCUCCAUCAUGGGCCUGCCCUGGUUUGUGGCUGCAACUGUCCUGUCCAUCACACACGUGAACAGCCUCAAACUAGAAUCUGAGUGCUCUGCUCCUGGAGAACAACCCAAGUUCUUGGGCAUCCGAGAACAGAGAGUGACAGGCCUUAUGAUCUUUGUGCUGAUGGGCUGCUCAGUCUUCAUGACGGCCAUAUUAAAGUUUAUCCCAAUGCCGGUACUCUAUGGAGUUUUCCUCUACAUGGGAGUUUCCUCACUACAAGGAAUUCAGUUCUUUGACCGUCUGAAGCUCUUUGGGAUGCCUGCAAAGCACCAGCCGGAUUUUAUCUACCUUCGACACGUGCCCCUGCGCAAAGUGCACCUCUUCACCCUCAUCCAGCUCACCUGCCUGGUCCUGCUCUGGGUCAUUAAGGCAUCUCCAGCUGCCAUUGUCUUUCCAAUGAUGGUUUUGGCAUUGGUCUUUGUCAGGAAAGUCAUGGAUCUCUGUUUCUCUAAACGAGAGCUGAGCUGGUUAGAUGAUCUCAUGCCUGAAAGUAAAAAGAAGAAGUUGGAUGAUGCCAAAAAGAAGGCCAAGGAGGAAGAGGUCAUGGUUCUUGCACCAACUGUACACUUCGGGGCAGCCUUAAAUUACAGAACAAAGGAAGGGCCACAUGAGAAGGCAGCAUGUCUGGAAUCCCAAGGGUUUAUUUAGGAGCUGGGAAGAUUACUCCAAAGAUGUUCUUAGCCGAGAAUCGAUGAAGGAUUCUUGUCCUUAUCUGUCCUUUAUUUUUGGUCCCAAUAAUCAGUUUUCUUCCCCUUCGUUUGUCUCCAGUCUACUCACCAGGUUCAUACUUAGAAUAUGAACAUAGAUUCUGCUCUUAUUAUCAGAUCUCAUGGUUCGUGUUCUCCCGAAAGUCCUAAUUUAACAACUAUACAAAACCUAUUAUUUGUUAUGUACCUAAUUGCAGAUGGUGUCGUGGUUGGCACCAUGCACAGAUAACUUGCAUAGGACUUUCUGUCCUUCCUCAUUUCCCUCAGCACUUGGCAUCUGCUGUCCACACAAUGGAUCCUCAAUCAAUGGUCUACACAUGCCAAGAAUGGAUGUGUAACAAAUGAAAAUAUCAGACCAAGAAAUGAAUGAGCCAGAAAGUGUUUCCAAAUACAGUUAGUGCCUGAAAUAGUGUCCUUUGAAAUGCAUUUUAAAUGACAUUUU